UCUCCAAAGAAACGUAUUGUCGAUUCUGUGAUCAGCAAAAUGUCACGUUACAUCGCUUUUCUCGUUCUCCUCGCCGUCGUUUACUUACUGGGUAGCAUCGACUGUCAUCAGAUCAACUGUCCACCCAACGAAGUCUUUAAAUCCUGUGGAACCGCUUGCGAGCCCACGUGUAAUGUACCGCAGCCGGAAAUAUGUAUUCAAAUGUGCAUCGUAAACGUGUGCCAGUGCAUUGAAGGGUACGUCAGAAACUCUGCGAAGCAAUGCAUCAAGCCUAACGAAUGCUAAUGUUUCGUUCGAUGUAAAUUCAAUUUUCCAAGAGAUACAAUACAAUUUCCAAUGAGGAUGCUUUUAAAUAAACAGACGUUCAUCAAGUAUUUUCAUUUGUGUCAAGUAUUUUUACUCCGUCCGAAUUGAAUCCUUCGAAUUCUUUCUGAAACUUAUUAAUCCCUUCCUUCGAAUUCAUCCUAGCUUUUAAUACUUACGCCAUGUUAAAUAAUAUCCUCGAGAUAGA